AUGCUCAAACUAGAAUCUUAUGAAUUUGCUCAACUUUUAAAUAGCUUUGCAUUCAAGCUUUAUCAUGAAACAAGAUUAAGUGAUGAAAAUCUUGUACUUUCGCCAGCUUAAAUGAUGAUUUCCUUGAGUUUAUUAGCCAUGGGAUCAGAUUCAAAUACUGAAAAACAAUUUUAAGUGCUACUUGGUUAUGGUGAUCCAAGUAAAUUAGGAAAAUGUUUGCAGUAAGGUGUAAAAGAAGUAUUACAUUGGGUAGAGAAAUUUAGUAUCACAAGUAUUUAAAUAGAAAAGAGCUUGACAAUUAAAUAAACAUUUCCAUUAUUUUUAAAGCAGUGUGGAUUAGAUUAUGAUAUGUUUUUUGGGUAAGUAGAUUUUGUUAAAGGCAGCUAAGCAUAUAAGAAUUAAAUUAAUGAAUACGCUGUCUAAUAAUUAGGAGUAUAAAAAUUGAUACCUGAUGGAUAUUUAAAUUCUUUUGUAAGAGCUGUUGUUAUAAAUUCAAUUCGUUAUUAAUGUGUUUUUCAUACUCCCUUUUCUGAAAAGCUAACAUAAUAAGAUACUUUUGUUAUAAAUAAUCACACAACAAACUAUAAAACGUUGCUAGUGGAGGUAUUUAUGAUGAAUUAAAUUGAAUUUUAUAAAUAUUUUGAUGAUAAAGUAGCUACUUUUGUUGGUAUUCCUUUGAAAGAUUUUAGAUUUCAUUUGGAUAUCAUAAUCCCAAAAAUCAACAUUAAAGAAUAUGAAGCUCUUAUCAAUUAUGCUGCUUACGUUUAAUAUAUUCUCCAGUCAAAGAAAACUAAAUUGCAUUUAAAAUUACCUCGCUUUAGAAUUUAGUAUUAACAAACAAAACCCUUUAAAGAUAUUUUAGUGGGAAUGGGAUUAGCUGACAUCUUCUAAAGUAUGAAAAGUGAUUUAAGUAAAAUUGAAAAAACAAAGAGUGCUUGUUUGAGUGAAGUAUUGUCAAGACCUAUCAUAGAAGUUUUUGAAGACGAACUCAGUGCAGAAUAAUCACUAGAAUUACCAAAAUAUACUCAGCCUCCAAUAGUUGUAACUGUAAAUAGACCAUUUUUAUAUGCAGUUAGAGAAACAUUAACAAAUUCAAUCUUAAUAUUUGGCAAGCUGAUAGAUCCAACUCAGAUGGAAUGA